AUGUACACAUAUAAGCAGCAAACGUGUAAAGGAGAUGGCCUGCCUGACCUCUUUCCACUUUGGGGGUUGAAUGCCAUCUUUGAGGAUCUUGAUAUUCCCCUCUCUGUGGGGUUAACAGAGCCCAGAACCCGCCCACUACACGUGGAGUUCCUCUGGGAUCCUGUCAAAUGUGCUUCGGUAUUCGUUCAGGUCAAUUGCAUUAGCACAGAGUUCACAGCCAGGAAACGCGGAGGAAGGAAUGGGGCUCCUUUCUGAAUUCAGGUGGACACUUUCAUUCCCAACAACGGGGAAUACCUGGAGCAUGUGCACGCCUCCAGCUGCCAGAUCAAAGUCUUCAAGCCAAAAGGAGCAGAUUGCAAACUCAAGACUGAAGAGAAAAUUGAGAAAAAGAGUCUUCAGGAUGGGGAAAAAUAUCAGCUAUCCUAUGAAACCACUAUACUAACUGAGAGACUAGGUUAUUACCGUUGGGAGUCUGGUAUAGCCGCUGAUUCCCUUAACAUGAGCAGAGAUGAUGUCGUUCAGAUCUGCUGCCCUGCCGACAGCAUCCGCCUGUUCGACACCAUAAAAGGGAGGCCAGUCAACUAA